CUGUUUGAUUAGGUGAAACAGAGAAAUUGAGCAGGAGUAUUUUAUCUGUGUGGAGUUAGUGAAGUGACUGGAGCACAUGGCUGUUCACUGUCAAAUGCGAAUUAAUUGGGCUCCAUCAUUGCCAGAACAGCCUGACCCAGCACUGACAUACAGGAUCAUAAAAUCGGUGAAACCAUGAAACAAGAGUGAGUGGCUUAAUAAAGAUUGCACAACCUCUAAACUGUGGCCACCUUGAGGAACUGUUGCUCAAUGAGAAUAUUUUUGAAAUUUGGCAGUUAGGGGCAUAUUUUAUGGGGAAGGUUGCUAAGUACUGUUUUAUUUUGGCUGUCUGAAAUAGUUUGUAGCAUGUGGAACCACUGGCCAGACUCCCCUAGAGAGUUACCUUGAUAAAUCAAACGUUGAAUGUGAGCAAAACAUUUGAAUUUCACAGACUGUUGGGAUUUGAUGUCAAGGUUAUGGAUCAGCAGAAUGAAACAUUAAAGCUUUGUGAAUCUUCUCAUGGGUUUUGGUCUUUGCAUAUAUGUUGUCUGUAAUGAACUUACAAGAGAAAACACCUUUAGCGGUGCUGAAUAAAAGCACUAAUAUUAUAGCUAAAAAAGUCAUAUGACUUGUCAGCAGCAACUCCAAGCUGUCACCUUGAGAAUUGAGCCCUCUGGGAGAAGUCAGAGGAACAAGAUGUGCCUCCUUUGUAAUUGUCAAAGGGAGUUUAAUUAAUACACAAGUAUAUUGUAUCUGCCCUCCCCCACUACCCAUGCGUACAUCUCUCCCCACAGCUUAAUGGGAAUGUGAUUUUAUUCCAGGGACUGGACUACUGAAUAAUCUGCCUUCUAGGUCUACCCACCCUGUGACUAGUGCUAACUGGCAGGGAGAUAUGUUUAUUGCCCUCCUGGAGUUGCAUGGAGAUGCAGCAGCUGUGGGAACAGGCUGACACUGGGAGAAUGGGAACUGGCUGGUGGUCUCUGUUAUACACUCAAUGUGGUUCACACUUUGGGAGAGAAUGAGCAUUUUUCUGUGAUUUUUUUUUUUUUCUCCAACAGUAUCUGCACCUCCCACCUGCUUUCAAGCUCUGCACCAUGUGGGUUUGACAGCCUUCACAGAGCCUGCAGUGACCUGUUAAAUAACCACAGAAACAGCAUUACUGAAUUGGAGACUGUGGCUUUGAAAUUGUACUGCAGUGUUCUGAGCACGGUGAACUGCUGGCUGGUCCUGAACUGGAUUUCAGGGUCACAGAUGAACCCUUCUGAAAUGGAAGUGAGGAAGGGAAGUCGCCUGACGCAGGAGCCGGAGUGAGAGCCCCGCUGGACUCGUGCGCCCAGCCUGCACCAUGAAUCUGGGUCUAUCUUCGCGCUAGGAGCUGAGGGCAGGCGCAAGCUACAGGGAGCAAUGGCUCUUUUUAGUCCGUGGAAGCUGUCCUCGCAAAAGCUGGGCUUCUUCCUGGUGACUUUUGGCUUCAUUUGGGGUAUGAUGCUGCUGCAUUUUACCAUCCAGCAGCGGACACAGCCUGAGAGCAGCUCCAUGCUGCGAGAGCAGAUCUUGGAUCUCAGCAAAAGGUACAUCAAGGCACUGGCAGAGGAGAACAGGAACGUGGUGGACGGGCCAUACGCUGGCGUCAUGACAGCUUAUGAUCUGAAGAAAACUCUGGCUGUAUUACUGGAUAAUAUCUUGCAGCGCAUUGGCAAGCUGGAGUCGAAGGUGGACAAUCUCGUUGUCAAUGGCACAGGAACAAAUUCCACCAACUCCACAACAGCCGUUCCCAGUUUGGUAGCACUUGAGAAAAUUAAUGUGGCAGAUAUCAUUAAUGGAGCUCAAGAAAAAUGUGUAUUGCCUCCUAUGGAUGGCUACCCCCACUGCGAAGGGAAAAUCAAGUGGAUGAAAGACAUGUGGCGUUCAGAUCCCUGCUACGCAGAAUAUGGAGUGGACGGGUCCACCUGCUCUUUCUUUAUUUACCUCAGUGAGGUUGAAAAUUGGUGUCCUCAUUUACCUUGGAGAGCAAAAAAUCCCUAUGAAGAAGCUGAUCAUAAUUCAUUGGCAGAAAUUCGGACAGAUUUUAAUAUUCUCUACAGUAUGAUGAAAAAGCAUGAAGAAUUCCGGUGGAUGAGACUGCGGAUCCGACGGAUGGCUGACGCAUGGAUCCAAGCAAUCAGGUCACUGGCAGAAAAACAGAAUCUUGAAAAACGAAAGCGGAAGAAAGUCCUGGUUCAUCUGGGCCUCCUGACUAAGGAAUCUGGAUUUAAGAUCGCAGAGACAGCGUUCAGCGGUGGCCCUCUUGGUGAAUUAGUUCAGUGGAGUGAUUUAAUUACAUCUCUGUACUUACUGGGCCAUGACGUUAGGAUUUCAGCUUCGCUGGCUGAGCUCAAGGAAAUAAUGAAGAAGGUUGUAGGAAACCGAUCUGGCUGCCCGACUGUAGGAGAUAGAAUCGUGGAGCUCAUUUAUAUUGAUAUUGUCGGACUCGCCCAGUUCAAGAAAACCCUUGGUCCAUCUUGGGUUCAUUAUCAGUGCAUGCUCAGAGUCCUGGAUUCCUUUGGUACUGAACCAGAGUUCAAUCACGCUAAUUACGCCCAGUCUAAAGGCCACAAGACCCCCUGGGGAAAGUGGAAUCUGAACCCUCAGCAGUUUUACACCAUGUUCCCUCAUACCCCCGACAACAGCUUUCUGGGCUUUGUGGUCGAACAACACCUCAACUCCAGUGACAUCCACCACAUUAAUGAAAUCAAAAGGCAGAACCAGUCCCUUGUGUAUGGCAAAGUGGAUAGCUUCUGGAAGAAUAAGAAGCUCUACUUGGACAUAAUUCACACAUACAUGGAGGUGCACGCGACUGUUUAUGGCUCCAGUACCAAGAAUAUUCCCAGUUAUGUGAAAAACCACGGCAUCCUCAGUGGACGGGACCUGCAGUUUCUGCUCCGGGAAACCAAGUUGUUCGUUGGACUUGGGUUUCCUUAUGAGGGACCGGCUCCACUGGAGGCCAUCGCCAAUGGAUGCGCUUUUCUGAAUCCCAAGUUCAACCCGCCAAAAAGCAGCAAGAACACGGACUUUUUCAUCGGCAAGCCGACUCUGAGAGAGCUGACGUCCCAGCAUCCUUACGCUGAAGUGUUCAUCGGCCGGCCACACGUUUGGACUGUGGACCUCAACAAUCCGGAGGAAGUAGAGGACGCAGUGAAAGCAAUUUUAAAUCAGAAGAUUGAGCCGUACAUGCCAUAUGAGUUCACAUGCGAGGGAAUGCUGCAGAGAAUCAACGCCUUCAUUGAAAAACAGGACUUCUGUCAUGGACAAGUGAUGUGGCCACCCCUCAGCGCACUGCAGGUGAAGCUUGCUGAGCCUGGACAGUCCUGCAAGCAGGUGUGCCAGGAGAAUCAACUCAUCUGUGAGCCGUCCUUCUUCCAGCACCUCAACAAGAACAAGGAUGUGCUGAAGUACGACGUGAUCUGCCAAAGCUCAGAGGUGGCUAAGGACAUCCUGGUACCCUCCUUUGACCCCAAGAACAAGCACUGUGUGUUCCAGGGGGACCUGCUGCUCUUCAGCUGUGCAGGUGCCCACGCCCGGCACCAGCGGAUCUGCCCCUGCAGGGACUUCAUCAAGGGCCAGGUGGCACUGUGCAAAGACUGUCUAUAGCAGCCAUCUGCCCACCUGCUCACCGGCUCCGCUCAUGCUCCUCCUGUGGGGACGUCAGGCAGGGCUGUUGGGCGGGGCACAGGUCAUUCAGGGACUCUGGAUAGAGCCUGAACUUGUUCAGUCAAAGGUUUCCACUUGGUUUUACUCCUGCUGGUGACCAAGUGGCCCAGAGGGAGUUUUUGUCAAAACCAAGCAGGAGUUUGGCUUCUUCCCUAUUACCACAAAACGCAGUUUCUGUUUUGCAAGGAGCACCUGUCAUGGUGGUGAUGGUGGUGGUGGUGCUGGUGCUGGUGCGGGUGGGGUGGGGAUGGGAAUGGAAGCAGAGGGGAUCUGUAGGUACAAGUCUCUCCAGGGUAGAAAAAUACUCCAGAUGGGUUGCAAACCAGGAAGGCAUCUUUGAGAUGAUCGGAAAGAACUCCGGGAGUAUUCCUAAACCCAUUAACUUAUUUAUUUGGGUGGGAGGGAAGGGAGGGGAGGGCCGAGGGACCGAGGACACAUUUCUUCUGUUACUUCCCACUGUUGAAUCAUCCACUUUCGCACUACUGUCGGUUGUCCGCUUCUGCAGGAUGGAGGCACGGGGUGUGCCACGGGGCAGGCUAAAGCAGGUCCUGUGUGAGAGAUGCUGGCCAGGUUGUCCAGGGCGAGGAUGGUACAACCCACCCAGGGACCAAGGUCAAGGCUGCUUUCCUCGUGUGCCCCCACAACCUAUGGCUGUCAUUCCUUGUUAGAGUUCCUUUAGGUGGCACAUGCUUUUGUAGUUUAGCCGGUGGUAUGCUUGUUAUCUGUUGUCGCAGGUCCCCAUGGGGAGGAAAGGGGACUUGGGAGACCCAGAGGUGUGUGGGAGCUAUCUUCCCUCCCCCUUUUUCAAAAGAGCACAGUCUGUGAGCUGAAAUGUGGGCAGGAGAGCUGUCAGCCCUUCAGAACUGCAGGCCCCACUGGAGCUAGGCUCCUGGUUGCCAGGCUUGUGCUGGGUCCAGCUCCUAGCUGGUGUUGGCCCAAGUCCAAGGCUCCGGCAAUUCCCUGUGAACGAACUCGAUGUUUGCUGGUAAACCAGGAGCCACUCGGGAUGAAUGUGGUGUGUUGUGCCGGCUGCCGGCUUGUGAGUGAGGUUUGUGAGGAGUGGGCACCUGGGGUUGGUGUCUUCUCCUGGCAGGAUCCUUAGAAGGCGGACAGGGGCGGGCAGCAGCGCCCCUCUCGUCCUGUAUUCAGACUCUCCUGGAAGCAGAUAACAUUGAAGACGUCAUGCAGCCAUUCGGCCAGCAGGGGGAGCCUGCGGGUUGUAGCCAGGAGCUAAGCUAGGCUAACCCUGU